CCAUGAACGAAAUCGCCAUCUGAAAUUAUGCACUGAAGAUAUCAGAUUUCACUCAAAUAUUGACGCUAUAAACUACAUACACUCACAUCUAUAUAUAUUACUAGGUAGUUGACCUGUCAUGUACCUUGAACUUCCCACCUUCCUAUUCACAUAGUUGCUGUUUACGAAACAUAAAUUAUCAACCCCCGUAUCAUACGUAAUUUAGACGAAUGUUCUGCGAUCAUUGGCAUUCUGUCUCACCUAUGCAAUUUCGCUCCUAUCAGGCUAAGCUUCAAAGAUGGCUAUAACAUCCGAAUUAUCUCUGCCUCAACUUGAGAACAUACUCGAAGGCCAUUCAGUAGGUAUCAAUAUCGAGUGCUUCCACGAUAGUCCGAAUUCAACUCAUUCUCUUUCUUCAGGAAGAAGAAGGGUUCUAGUCGCUAUUAUCGUUUUCGAAUGCUUCCUCGCCCCAGUCGAAAUUUUGACAGGGAUGAUGGCAUCAGAGGGCGGAUGGAGCCUUGUGUUUGUCUGCGUCUUCCUCCUCUGGCUCCUCUUACUUCCUAUCGGUCUUAUUUUGAACACUGGAAUGAAUCCCCUGGGGAUUUUGGACAUCACCAAGAGCACGCUCUGGCAUCUGGGAUGCUGUAUACUCAUGUUUUACUUCUUCUCGUCGAUUCUUCAGAUAUCUUCAACUCUUCUUCCUCAAUGGAUUCCGACAAUCCUGGACUGUGGACUCGGUCUUAAUUUUGGCAUACAGAACCUACCAACAGAUUACUUGUAUGGCGCGAGGGACUGGGCAAUGAACAUGGUUGGCAGCCUGUGCGGUGGUGAUCAGCCAACUUUCCGGCAUGAAACACAUAUACUACCAGUUCGAUCUCAGUCAUAGCGAGAGCUCUGAAACUACAAGAGAGUCUUUACAAAAGAUCUAGUUCAAGUCAUUUCGAGCUGCGGAUUUCGCGAUUUCCAUGGAUAUGGAAAGGACUGGAGGGGAAUGGAGGCCCCAGCUUUGAGAGGGGGGAGAUAUCAAUCUCAGGCAAAACGCCAACAGAUUUUUCUCUUCGUGUAUUCAUUGGGCAUAUUUUCAUAAUCGAGAGGUAUUCAAAUUUCCAGGGAUACCAGACAUCGAUUCGAACUACAUGCAUAUACUUCUAACGAUCAAGAAAUUUUAUUGCUAUAAGCUGCCCAACUUGCUCAGCGAGAAGGAUUUUGAAGAUCCACGAUUUUGUACGCAGUUUGUUCUCUCAGGCUCAAUAUUCAUUUAGCAAAUUUUAACACAUGCCAUC